CUACACCACAUCAGUUCUCUCUUUCAAUCUCUCUUCUCUCUCUCUUAAAGAUUACCGAGACAUACUCUUAGUUUCGGUGAAGAAAAAGAACAAUGACGAAAGAUGCGGCUGGAGAGAAGGGAUCGUUCUCCGGAAAAGACUAUCAAGAUCCACCACCUGAGCCUCUCUUCGACGCUACUGAGCUAGGGAGGUGGUCUUUUUACAGAGCUCUCAUCGCUGAGUUCAUAGCCACUCUCCUCUUCCUCUAUGUCACCGUUAUGACUGUCAUUGGUUACAAGAGCCAGACCGAUCCAACCCUUAACCCUGACCAGUGUGCAGGUGUUGGUGUACUCGGCAUCGCUUGGGCCUUUGGUGGCAUGAUCUUCAUCCUUGUCUACUGCACUGCCGGAAUCUCUGGUGGACAUAUAAACCCGGCCGUAACGUUUGGGCUGUUCUUGGCUCGGAAAGUGACGUUGGUGAGAGCAGUAAUGUACAUGGUGGCUCAGUGCCUUGGUGCAAUUUGCGGUGUGGCUUUGGUUAAGUCCUUCCAGUCUUCUUACUACACCCGCUACGGUGGUGGCGCAAACGGUCUCACACAUGGUUAUAGCAUAGGCACCGGUGUUGCCGCCGAGAUCAUCGGUACAUUCGUCUUAGUCUACACCGUCUUCUCCGCCACUGACCCCAAGAGGAGUGCUCGUGACUCUCACGUCCCUGUAUUGGCUCCAUUACCAAUUGGAUUUGCGGUAUUCAUUGUUCACUUAGCUACAAUCCCAAUCACGGGCACUGGCAUUAACCCUGCAAGAAGUCUUGGAGCUGCAAUCAUCUACAACAAGGACCAAGCUUGGGACCAUCAUUGGAUAUUUUGGGUUGGUCCGUUUGCGGGUGCAGCCCUUGCGGCUUUCUACCAUCAGUUUGUGUUGAGGGCUGGUGCGGUGAAGGCUCUCGGGUCCUUCAGGAGCCAGUCUCACGUUUAAAUUUGGAUUUCCUCAAUUAGCAAAGAGAAGAAAAUAAAUAGCGGCUUUUAUGUACUGUGUUGGAACCUAGUGACAUGUAGUAUCAAAUUUCUUGCUUGGUGAAGUGAGGGUUUGAAUGUGACAUGUGGGCCAACUUUGAAAUGCUACUUCUCUUAUAUAUAUGUCUACUUCUUAACUUUAUAUUGCUCUAUUUUACUAGUUUGCUGAAUUUCGCAUGA